GCCGCUGUUGCUGAGUUCGGAUCUGCUCGCUGCAAGCUCUGACUCCCGCCCGCCGUGCACCCCGGGGUCUUAGCAGUCAUUCCCAGGCCAAAAUGUCAGGUCUCAAGGAUCAGCUGAUUGUGAAUCUUCUUAAAGAAGAACAUGUCCCCCAGAACAAGAUUACAGUUGUUGGUGUUGGUGCUGUUGGCAUGGCCUGUGCCAUCAGUAUUUUAAUGAAGGACUUGGCAGAUGAACUUGCUCUUGUUGAUGUCAUGGAAGACAAACUGAAAGGAGAGAUGAUGGAUCUCCAGCAUGGCAGCCUUUUCCUCAAAACGCCAAAACUUGUCUCUGGCAAAGACUAUGGUGUGACUGCAAACUCCAAGCUGGUUAUUAUCACAGCUGGGGCCCGUCAGCAAGAGGGAGAAAGCCGUCUUAAUUUGGUCCAGCGAAAUGUGAACAUCUUUAAGUUCAUCAUUCCUAAUGUUGUGAAAGACAGCCCCAACUGCAAGUUGCUUGUUGUUUCCAAUCCAGUGACUAUCCUGACCUAUGUGGCUUGGAAGAUAAGCGGCUUCCCCAAAAAUCGCGUUCCUGGAAGUGGGUGUAAUCUGGAUUCAGCCCGGUUCCGUUACCUGAUGGGAGAACGGCUGGGAGUUCACCCACUAAGCUGUCAUGGAUGGAUUCUUGGGGAGCAUGGAGACUCAAGUGCACCAGUGUGGAGUGGAGUGAAUGUUGCUGGUGUCUCCUUCAAGAAUCUGAAUCCUGAUUUAGGCACUGAUGCAGAUAAGGAACAGUGGAAAACGGUUCAUAAACAAGUUGUUGACAGUGCCCAUGAGGUGAUCAAACUGAAAGGCUAUACAUCCUGGGCCAUUGGACUGUCUGUGGCAGAUUUAGCAGAGAGCAUUAUGAAGAAUCUUUGGAGAGUGCAUCCAAUUUCCACCAUGAUCAAGGGCCUCUAUGGAAUAAAGGAUGAUGUCUUUCUUAGCGUUCCUUGUAUCCUGGGACAGAAUGGAAUCUCAGAUGUGGUGAAGGACACUCUGACUCCUGAGGAAGAGGCCCGCUUGAAGAAGAGUGCAGAUACACUUUGGGGAAUCCAAAAGGAGCUGCAAUUUUAAAGUCUUCUAUAUAUACCACUUCACUGUCUAGGCUAUAAGAGGAUUUUAAGUCAGAGGUGAUGCAUGUUGUCCCUUAUAGCUAUAAGGGACUAAAGCAGUAGUAUUAUAAAAUGACCUGGGAAAAGCAUCCAUUUCCUGAAGUUAGAAAUAGGACUGGUUCAGAAAAACCUGCAGCUGUG